CUAAGAAAGAAAUGUGACUUCCGCAUCCGUUAAAUUCGAUUUCGCGGGUCAGCACGAAAUAGCUCGCGUUAAACUGUUCGUAUGGAAAUACAUGAAACAAUGAUAUAUUCCACACACUUUUGAGCGAUUUGGUGUUAAUUCAGUGUUUCAAUCGAUAGUUUAACAGUUAAUCAUUUCUUGCGUGUUUUCACGGCAGACAAAUAAAGUCAAAGUAGAGACAAUCCAGACACAAGCAUGUCAGUGCUGUCCGUGGUUGAGCAAGCUAUCAAGUCAUGUAAAGCUGAACAAGAGAAGAUCAAUGACAGUAUUCAGCUCUACAGAGAAAUAUUACAGACCUUAACACCACAACCCAAGAAGGACUCUGAGGAAUCUGAAGGUGCAGAUGCUGCUGCUACAGACACAAAUACCUUACCAGGGGAGAAGGAAGAUAUAGAAUUGCUGGAGCGAGUACUGGAGAAAGCCCUGUGGGUCCGCACUGGCUCGGGAGCAUCUAAAAAAGACCCAGACAGAAACAAGCAAUCUGGACCUCGAAAGGAACCAGGCACUUCAGUUGUCACAUCAAAAGGUGUAACACAGUCAUCUGCACCAUCUAAAGGAAGUGAUUUGACCAUCAGAUCAACCUCUAAAUCUGCCAGUCUUGACAGAAAAGAGCACAAAAAACCUGGAUCUUCACUAUCCUCCUCACUAGGCGCAAGACCUUCAACUAGCAACAAUCCUAGACAGUCCAAAACCACAAAUAAUAGAGGCACAAUCCAGAAACAUCCUGUCUCAUCAGCUGCGGCUGUGCAUCACCAGGCAACUAGGAAAUUGCAGCAGGCUGGUUCAGCAUCUGGCUCUCCUGAUCGCUCUAAAAAAAAGACUGUUAAGAGCAGCAUGCUGAGUGUUGAAAACCUGGGAGAGGCUGCAGCUAUCCCAACACCUUCUUCAAAUAACGCAGUGCCUUUCUCACACACAGAUGAGUCUGGAGCUUAUAGUUUGCUUCAACACACCAGGAUACCUUCAGAGCAGACAACAAAGUGGAGAUCUGUAAGAAACAAACAAAACAGGUUGUGGGACAAAGUUAUGGCUCUGCAAAGGAAACCUGUGGCAGGGAGGAGUCACUUCAUGGAGAGAAUGAGAGCAACGUUCCCCAAGGAUUGGCCGUGUGGCAGCCCAGAUCAGACCAGGGCUCUGGUCGACAGGCUGACUCACCAAGGGUAUGACCUCAUCCAGCACUGUCAGACAAUGGAGCUUCUGGCCAAGGUGACUCCAGAAACAGCCACAGAGCAGGGUGGUAAGAAAAACAAGCAUGACUCCUACCCGACACUUGAAAGGUUGCAAAUGACUGCAGCAGAGCUCCAGAACUUUGCAGACCAAGUGAAACAAGAGUGGGAAGCAUGGGAUCGAUGGAGGCCAGAGGGAGGUUGUCUUUGCCCAACUGGGGCAAAUGGUGUGUGGGAAGAUGGGAUGAUCGCACCCCUGCCCCUCACUGUAACCUACACAACAGAGGCAGACCUCCGAGAGCUGGAGAGGCUGAGGAUGCAGGUGGCACUGCUGCACCAGGAGAUUAACCUCGAGCAGGCUCUGUUGGACACUCUGUCCCCUCAGCUCUCAUCUAUAGCACCUGGGCCUGGACAUCCCAACGCCAGUGUGCUGAGAGACAUGUACUCUCUGCUGGGUGAAGGAGGGGAGCGUUUCCCUGCCAUUGUCCAGGACUCUGAGCCUGAUUGAACACAGAACAUACAGUAUUACACUGAAUUACCAGUUUAUGAGGUACUCCAUCCUACACCAUUUGCAUACAUAAGAGAAAUGAAACACCUCUCAGUAUAAUCCAGUCCAGUGCAAUACCAGUUGGAUCAUACCACUCUGACACUAUCAAUUAAAGAAGAAGAAGUUCACAAAAAUAAUAUUAAUUGCAGGACCAUUACAUUGGAUUGCUUAAGACUAAAGAGGUGUUCUUAAUAAAGUGGUAACUCAAGAUUAUAUUGUCCGUGAAUCAAAAUCCCAGUCAUUAUUGUGAAGAAUCCGUUUUUUGUGUGCUGUGAUAGUAAUAACUUGAAAGUCUGACUGAAAGAAACCUAAGAUUGUGAUUGUUUAUCAUCUUUGUUAAUGUUGUUUCUGACUGUGAAGUGCUGUACUUACAAUUUUGUCACUGUCCUAUGAAAAUGUUUUCAGGUUUGUGACAAAGCAUUUUUCAGACAAUCUAGUGGGUUUUAAAAUGGUUUAUUUAUCUUUGUGAGCAAGAAAAUUUCAACUCGUAAAGAAACACGUAACCCUUCUAUUUAUCUGAAAUAUUCAAAGUCGCCAAUGUUGGAGAGACGUGGUUUUCAUCGGAGAGCAUCGAAUUAAAAAUGUUGACAUAAAUCUGUAUGGCAACACAUUUGCAUGUGUUUUACGGUCUGUAAUUUCAG